UGGAGUUUGAUAUGAUGAUUAGGGAAUAACCGCAGUGACACGUCGCAAACUCCCCACAAGCCAGGAGCCCUCGUUCCCGGGGGGCCACCUCCAAAAUAUUGCUCAGUGAGCACCCCUAAUUAACCUGAUUUUUUGCUGAUAAUCACUCCCAAUGGAAUCAAAUCACAAAUCCGGGGAUGGAUUGACCGGCACACAGAAAGAAGCCGCCCUCCGUGCGUUAAUUCAGCGAACGGGAUAUAAUUUGAUCCAGGAAAAUGGGCAGAGGAAAUAUGGGGGACCGCCACCGGGCUGGGAUGGCCCUCCACCAGAGAGGGGCUGUGAGAUCUUCAUUGGGAAACUGCCCCGAGACCUCUUUGAGGAUGAACUUAUCCCCCUCUGUGAAAAGAUUGGCAAAAUCUAUGAGAUGAGGAUGAUGAUGGACUUCAAUGGCAACAACAGGGGCUAUGCCUUUGUGACCUUCUCCAAUAAGCAGGAGGCCAAGAAUGCAAUAAAGACACUCAAUAAUUAUGAAAUCAGGAACGGGAGGCUCCUGGGCGUCUGCGCCAGCGUGGACAACUGCCGCCUGUUCGUGGGGGGCAUCCCCAAAACCAAGAAGAGGGAGGAAAUCCUAGCAGAGAUGAAGAAGGUCACGGAUGGCGUGGUGGAUGUCAUUGUCUACCCCAGUGCAGCUGACAAAACCAAGAACAGGGGCUUUGCUUUCGUGGAGUACGAGAGCCACCGGGCGGCAGCCAUGGCCAGGAGGAAGCUGCUCCCAGGAAGGAUCCAGCUGUGGGGACACCCCAUCGCCGUGGACUGGGCAGAGCCAGAGGUGGAGGUGGAUGAGGACACCAUGUCCUCAGUGAAAAUCCUCUACGUGAGGAACCUCAUGCUCUCCACCACCGAGGAGACCAUAGAGAAGGAGUUCAACAGCAUCAAGCCAGGUGCAGUGGAGAGAGUAAAGAAAAUUAGAGACUAUGCCUUUGUGCACUUUAAUAAAAGAGAACACGCAGUGGAGGCCAUGAAAGCCUUGAAUGGGAAGGUGCUGGACGGGUCCCCGAUCGAGGUGACGCUGGCCAAGCCGGUGGACAAGGACAGCUACGUGCGGUACACGCGUGGCACGGGCGGCAGGGCGCCGGUGCUGCAGGGCGACUACACCUACACCCUGGGCCACCUCUACGACCCCGCCGCCGCCUACCUGGGCGCCCCGGUCUUCUACGCGCCCCAGGCCUACGCGGCCAUCCCCAACGUGCACUUCCCCGCCGCCAAGGGGCUCGGCAGCAGGAGCGUCCUCCGGCCCCCCUCCGUCCGAGGGGCUGCGGGCGUCCGAGGCCUGGGAGGCCGCGGCUACCUGGCGUUCCCGGGCCUGGGGCGCGGAUACCACCUCAAGGGAGACAAGAGGGGAGAGGAAAAGCUCUACGACCUCCUGCCGGGGAUGGAGCUCACCCCCAUGAACCACGUCACCCUAAAGCCCCAAGGGAUCAAACUGGCCCCCCAGAUCUUAGAAGAAAUCUGCCAGAAAAACAACUGGGGACAGCCUGUGUACCAGCUCCACUCUGCCAUUGGCCAGGAUCAAAGACAGCUCUUCCUCUACAAAAUCACCAUCCCUGCCCUUGCCAGCCAGAACCCCACCAUACACCCCUUCACACCGCCCAAGCUCAGCGCCUACAUCGACGAGGCCAAGACCUACGCGGCAGAGUACACCCUGCAGACCCUGGGCAUCCCCGUGGAGGGGGCAGAGGUGCCUCCUGCAGCGCCAGCUUUUCCAGGAUACACCAUUGCUAACGCAGCUGCCACUGUCACAGCCACUCAGCUGAAGCAAGCAGUGACAAUGGGACAAGAUUUGGCCACGUAUGCGACCUACGAAGCCUAUCCAGCCUUCGCUGUCGCCGCACGGAGCGACGGCUACGGAGCCUUUUAACCAAAUUCCCUCAAACCCAGCACAGGCAGAGAGGAAAAGAAAAACAAUCUCAGUCUGGUAAUUCAACACCCUCAUGAUUUUAAGCUAAUCUGUGGCCUAAGGUUCAUUUUAGUUGGAGUUUCAGUCUUGUAGGUCUUUAGUUUUGUAACCGGAUGUUAAGGCUGG